UGACUUACGUCAGAAAUAUGUGCAUAUUAAACAAAACUCUUUUGUGAAAGCAUGCAUUAAAAGUUUGCCAUAAAUGAUGCUAACCAUAUAUAAUAAAAGCCUGAUAUGUUUUCAACAAACAAUAAACUGUUUAAAAUAUUUCGGCAAAGAAACAAAGCAGCGGGCGAACAAAAGGAACAAGAACAACUAGUUCUUCUAUGAAUUGAAAACACACCUUUAAGAUAGUUAAAUUAUGUGGCACUUUCGGCGGUGACAAAGUGCUGAUAUGAUCUGCUCUACACUGGCUACGUAUAAUCCAAGGCGGCUUUAAAACGCAUUCAUCAUACCCCUCAACUUGCCAACUAAGUGGUAGCAAAACAGAAUUAAAGUCGCGAGGGAGCGCAUAUGAGUUGGUAAAUAAGAAUUCAAAACGCUGAUAAAGCGAACCGAAUGAAACGCCGGCUGCUCCUGCAAUUCGCCAGGGGUUUUUAGGUUUGGGUUUUUAGUUAGGACCGCGUUGAAACGUCUCGUCUCAGUGAAGUUGGCAGUGAAAUGCGUUUCAACCCCCGUUCGCUGAGCAGGAGCAGAUGUUUCUGCCUUUUCACAUUCAUAUUCACAUUCACAUUCACCAGCACAUUCACAUUCACAUUCACAUUGAGUUCCUCGGCGGCCUAAUGGAACGCGCCAAACACAGUCGGUCAUUGUACGGGUGUCUUGUGUUAUGUACAAGUAAAUGGUGUUGGUGUUUUAUGGGGUGGGGAGUAUGCUCGUAUCGGAGCACGAUCCACUCGACUGCGCGCCGGCGCAGGAAGUGGAGGAAGUUGAGGAGCUGCCGGCUGGAACGGCUCUCCAGAUCAGUCGAGUCGCAGUUGCCGAGGCGAGCGGAUCGUUAACCCUGCACAGUGAUCAACUACGAAGAAUAAAACCCAAAGUAGUGAAAGAACACCCCUUAGAGGUUGUGGAAUUACCAACCAGUACAGUGCCAACGCCAACAUGUCGCAGCACAACUAUACGAAUCCGGCCUUCUGCCAGAACAGCGAGUUUUAUCCGGUGCCCACCGGUAACUCGGUCUCGCGAGUGGAGUCCAUCUACAACAGAAGCCUCCAGAUGAACUUUGGAGCGGCUCCUCCGCGCGCCACUCUUGAUCCCCGCGAGGGUCCCCUGCGAAUGCAGCGUAGCAUGUCCACGCGCUCGGUGACGCGGAAACAAUACCACCAACAGCAGCAGCAACAGCAACAGCAGCAGCAACAGCAACAGCAGCAACAUCUGCAGCAGCAACAGCAGCAACAUUUGCAGCCGCUACACCAACAACACCAGCCGCAUCAGCAGCAAUCCUCUAGCGGUCGCUAUGCCUUGGUGCCUCUGGAGGAGCUGAACAGCAGCAGGGCCAGCAGAUACGCCAUAGUUCCCGGACAGGCGGCCCAGCGCUUGGCCAGAUCGCAGGAUAAUCUGGAUCGCUAUGGCUCCAGACAUGGAUUGCACGAAGAGGAGGAGCCGCACUCCUUCCACGAGGAACCCCACCAGGAGACACAGUUCGCCAGCUUGCCACCCAUACUCAAUUUGCCGUCCAGGCCCAGGAAUAUCAACAACAACACCAAUCUUAAUCCCAAUCCAAACCAGAUUAAGCACGCUUUUAGCAGCGACUUUGGCAGCAAGACCUUCCUGAUCGUGGAUAAGAACAGCAACCAGAGGUACCAGAUGGUGCCCACCGCCGAGGACGAGGAGUUGGUGGACGAGAACCAGGAGAUCAUACAGAUGCACAAUGGCCGUGCCCAUCGCUAUGCAGUGGUGCCCACGGAUGCGGACGACGAUGAGCUGGCGGAGGAGCAGGAGCAGCAGGAGACCUGCCUGAGCAACAUGGAACUGAGCAGGCAGUACGCUGCAAGGACCUCAACGCCGCAGCAAAAGAAUGCAGCUGCCGCCACGAGGGCGUUGCAUGAGCUGCUGACCACGCCCAGGAAGAUGCAGCCGCCUCCGAGAUUGGCGCACUCCACGCCCCGCAACGCCGCCCACCACGAGCAGCUGCAGCUGGAGCGGCGCUUGGAGAUCUACAAAAGCCAACAGAUCUACCAAAGUCAGCAGGUUGGCGCCGUCGUUGGAGUGCCUCCAGCAUUACCCCUGCGCCAGAACCGACUCUCCCCGCAGAGACUCCACUAUGAGACGGUGAAGCCGCUGCCCAUGCAGAUCGCCGAUCGAUCCAUGGCCGUCAUCAGUCCCAGGGUGCAGGAGCAGGAGCAGGGACAGGGACAGGAGCAGGAUCGGGAGCAGGACAUGAGCAGCAUCCAGGGCAAGGGCAAGAAGAGCAGCUCCUAUCCGCAGAAGAUGGCCAAUGCCACCAUUACCCUGGCCGUGGUCUCCCUGAUGCUCGUCCUGGGCAGCACCAUGAAUGCGGGGCUCAUCAUCUACAUGAUAGCACACCUGGGAAAGUCCUUUUACCUGCAGUUCAGCCUGGUGGCCUCCUUCUCGGGAAUGGGACUCGGCUUCCUGGGCUUCAAGUCGCGCCAUUGCGAGUGGCUGCCGAACAGGAGCUAUAGCUCCGGCUAUAUCCUGGUCACCGUGUUUUGCCUCUUCAAGUCCUGCGGACUGCUGGUGAUACUCGUGGUGGAUCCGUUUCCGGGAUUUCCGGUCCACGAUGUGACCACUGGCGUCAUACUGGGCCUGUCCACCUUCACCAUGUUCUUCAUCGGAUUGGGAGUGCUGGGCAGCUUGUGGUGCCACCGACCGCCGCCAGACAACCGCGUCAACGUGGUCUAAUACCCUGGAAUUAGUUAAUGCUAGACUCUAAUUAGUUGUACACCAACACCAACACCAACACCAACACCAACACCAUCCACUUUGACUUCAAGAACUUGACACACCGAACGGCUAAAAGACCAAAAACCAGAACUAGAUUUAUAAUCAGCGGAAGAUCAUCAUCCCCGAAACGACUGUACAUAACAAGUGGGUUGUACCUAUUGCUAACUUUAGUUUGUUUAACUUAUUGUUCACCUCGAUAUAAGUAUGUUACGGUAUAAGAAUACA